AUGCCCUACCUCGACCGCGACGGCGUGAAGAUCUACUACCAAGUCCACCACGAUGAAGGCAGCGAGAGCACCAACAGCAACAGCAACAGCAACAGCAAUGUCCGGCCACUCCUCCUCCUCACUCACGGCUUCUCAUCCACCUCCGCCAUGUGGACGGGCCAGAUCCCCGCCCUCUCCCGCCAUUUUAGACUCAUAACAUGGGACAUGCGCGGCCACGGCCAGUCAGACUCACCCACCGACCAGGCCGCAUACUCCGAGUCGCAUACCGUAAAGGAUAUGGCUGCGAUAUUGGACGUGGUAGGCGGAGGACUUCACAACGCCACUGCUCCUGCCCCCGCCCCCGCGAUCAUAGGAGGCCUCUCCCUCGGCGGAUACAUGAGCCUCGCCUUUUAUCGGACUUACCCCGCGCGCGUGGCCGCUUUGCUCAUAAUCGACACGGGCCCCGGCUUCCGCAACGCCGACGCCCGGCGCAAGUGGAACGACACGGCAGAGCAGACUGCGAGGUCCUUCGAGGCGCGUGGGUUGACUGUCCUUCGCGGGUUGAGCCCCGAGCGCGCGCACGUGGCGCAUCUGCAUAGGGAUGUGACGGGGAUGGGCCUGGCGCGCGCCGCGAGAGGUAUGCUCGCCCAGCGUGACGGGAGGGUGUUGGAGUCGUUGGGCAGCGUACGCGUGCCGAGUCUCGUUGUCGUCGGGGCGGAGGAUCACCCGUUCUUGGCCGCGAGUGAGUAUAUGGCGAUGAAGAUUCCGGGGGCGAAAAAGGUCGUUGUCCCCGGGGCGGGGCAUGCGGUUAAUAUUGAUAAUCCCAAGGGGUUUUGGGAGGGCGUGAUGCCGUUUUUGGAGGAAGUCAGGCAGAGGCAGGGAGGAGGGGGAGGAGGAGGUGGGAGGGCGAAGCUGUGA